AUGGAUGACUCUAAUAACGGAUUUGAAAAUAGUGAUGAAAAACUAGAUAACACUCAAAUUGAUUUUAAUCGAGAUCAAAAUAACCAAAAUGCAAAGUCUCAAGGAAAAUUUGGGCCACCGAAGAAAUUUCGAAAUAAUUAUAGGAAUGAUCGUUAUAAUAAUGCUUAUGGAAAUUAUUGUGGAGGCUAUGGAUCUCCGGGUGGGUUUGGGCCACCGGGUGGGUUUGGGCCACCGAGUGGGUUUGGACCACCAGGUGGUGGUAAUAACCGUAAUUUUAGACCCAGGGGCAACUUUUAUCCUCCAAACAACUUUGGACCCCCACCAAUGUUCCCACAGGGACCACCACCGGGAAAUUUUUCUUGGGGCCGAGGGUUUGGGCCUGGUGGACCACCUGUGAGAAGACAUCCGAUGGAUGAUAAAACAAUCAAAUAUUUAUUACGUUGCGGUGUGGCAAAGGAGCAUUUAAAGAACUUACCGCGCGAUAUGUUAGCACUCAUGGAACCUGAUUACUGCGGGCUUUGCGCUCAGAGUUUUGAUUCAUUCCCGACAUCUCGCAUACAUUACAUUUCCAAAAAUCAUCUGAAGAAUCAGAAAAAAUGGUUAAACCAACAAUCUGAGAUAGGAUUCCGUCGCAUCAAAGAGAUACCACUAAAGGCACGUGAGUUGUACUGCGAGCUCUGCGACGUGCACGUCACGUCCAAAACGCACUCUGACUCGCACUACGCAGGGAAGGCACACCGCGCAAUUGUUGAGGGGCGUAAGAACCCAAAGAAUCCAUUUUUGCUUCAACAAGGAAUGGAGGAUAGAGUUGAACAACUUAUUCGCCGUGAAAAAAAACACCUUAAGCCUUUGGAAGAGGAGUUAGCGGAAAAUCCCAAGGAAGUGAAGCCUGUACAGUCCGAGUUGUAUUGCGAUAUAUGCAAGACAUCGGUGACAUGUACUGAUCAAAUGACAAUGCAUUUGAAUGGCAAGAGACAUCUUGCAAAGGAGAAGCAACACAUCCUGAAGAUGAUGAAGGGUGGUGGAAAUGAGGAUUCAGCAACGGCAGAAGAUAACGCUGAUGAUGAAGAACUGGAGGCUGAUGAGUCUAUGGAAGUUGGAAUUGAAAACAAGGAAGAAGAAAAUGCAGGAGAUAAUGACGAUUGGGAAAACAGCGGCGAAAAAUGGGAGGAAACCCCCAAAACUGAUUGG